AACUGUAGGAGUAGCUGGGUCAAGUCGAAUGGAUCUUCUUUAUAAGGCGGGCUCAACACAUUGCAAUUACGCGAGACAAGGAUAAACGUUUUUGACGUUGAAACUCAGACUCAGAGAGAGAUGGCGCACACGGGCAACAAUUCAAUGCAUAGGUCGAGUUCACGCCCUCAACUGGAUCUCAGCAAAGCUGAAAUUCAAGGAAACGUCGAAGAGAAAUAUCCAACUAUUUUGUUACCCAAUCAAUCUCAUGAUAUAUCUCACCUCGCUCUUGACAUUGGAGGAUCUCUUAUAAAGUUGAUGUACUUUUCGAGACACGAAGACCAAUCAACCCAUGAUAAAAGGAUGAGAAAUGUGAAGAAUCGACUGGAUGGUAACAGGAGAAGCUAUCCCAUUCUUGGUGGAAGGCUUCAUUUUGUCAAGUUUGAGACUAGCAAGAUUAACGAGUGCUUAGACUUCAUUUAUUCAAAGCAGCUUCACUGUGGUGGAGGUGAAUCACGUUAUUCUGAUGCCACGACUGAUUCCAAUGCCAUAAUUAAGGCUACUGGUGGUGGAGCGCACAAAUUUGCUGACCUUUUCAAAGAAAGACUUGGACUUAGUCUUGACAAAGAAGAUGAAAUGAGCUGUCUUGUCGCAGGAGCAAAUUUCUUGCUUAAGGCAAUUCGUCAUGAAGCUUUUACCCACAUGGAGGGUCAGAAAGAGUUUGUUCAGAUUGAUCCUAAUGACAUGUUUCCUUAUCUCCUAGUUAAUAUUGGAUCUGGUGUUAGUAUGAUCAAGGUUGAUGGGGAUGGAAAAUUUGAGAGGGUCAGUGGGACUAAUGUUGGUGGUGGUACUUAUUGGGGCCUGGGAAGGCUGUUAACAAAGUGUGAGAGCUUUGAUGAGUUACUUGAGCUGAGUCAGAAAGGAGAUAAUAGUAACACUGAUAUGCUUGUUGGGGACAUUUAUGGUGGUAUGGACUAUUCUAAGAUUGGCCUAUCGGCUUCUACCAUUGCUUCAAGUUUUGGCAAGGCUACCUCAGAAAAAAAGGAGCUUGAAGAUUACAGACCUGAAGAUAUAUCACUCUCUCUUCUGCGAAUGAUUUCGUACAACAUUGCCCAGAUAUCCUACUUGAAUGCUUUGCGGUUCGGGUUGAAGCGUAUCUUUUUUGGAGGAUUUUUUAUAAGGGGUCAUGCCUAUACCAUGGAUGCUAUUUCUUUUGCAAUUCAUUUCUGGUCUAAAGGGGAUGCACAAGCAAUGUUCUUGCGACAUGAAGGAUUUUUGGGAGCUUUAGGUGCAUUUAUGAGCUAUGAAAAACACGGUUUAGAUGACCUCAUGGUGCAUCAGUUAGUUGAAAGAUUCCCGAUGGGUGCUCCAUAUACAGGAGGCAAGAUUCAUGGCCCCCCACUUAGGGAUUUGAAUGAGAAGAUUUCAUGGAUGGAUAAGUUUCUGCAGAAGGGAACUGAGAUCACUGCCCCUGUGCCGAUGGCUCCUCCUGGAACUACUGGACUUGGGGGUUUUGAAGUUCCUUUGUCAAAAGGAAGUACUCUGCGAUCUGAUGCUAGUGCUCUAAAUGUUGGUGUCCUCCAUCUAGUUCCCACUUUGGAGGUGUUUCCAUUAUUAGCUGACCUGAAAAUGUAUGAGCCUAAUACUAUUGAUCUCUCAGAUCACAGUGAGUUAGAGUAUUGGCUAAAGAUUUUGUCAGAGCACUUGCCAGAUCUUGUGGACAAGGCUGUAGCAAGUGAAGGUGGGACUGAUGAUGCCAAAAGAAGGGGUGAUGCUUUUGCUCGUGCAUUUUCUGCCCACCUGGCCAGGUUAAUGGAGGAGCCUGCUGCAUAUGGGAAGUUAGGCCUGGCCAAACUACUGGAAAUGAGGGAAGAGUGCUUGAGGGAAUUCCAUUUUUUUGAUGCAUAUAUAAGUAUAAAGCAGAGGGAAAACGAGGCAUCGCUUGCUGUCUUACCUGAUUUGUUGAUGGAGCUUGAUAGUUUGGAUGAGGAGACAAGACUACUUACCCUAAUUGAAGGUGUUCUUGCUGCAAACAUUUUUGAUUGGGGAUCUCGUGCUUGUGUGGAUCUCUAUCAUAAAGGAACUAUUAUUGAAAUUUACAGAAUGAGUCGCAAUAAAAUGCAGAGACCUUGGCGAGUGGAUGAUUUUGAUGCCUUUAAAGAGAGAAUGCUAGGAACUGGGGACAAAAAACCACCUCCACAUAGAAGAGCUUUACUUUUUGUGGACAAUUCAGGUGCUGAUAUUGUUUUGGGGAUGCUUCCCCUGGCACGAGAGCUCCUCCGACGUGGAACUGAAGUGGUCCUGGUUGCAAACUCACUUCCUGCUUUGAAUGAUGUGACUGCAAUGGAGCUUCCAGACAUUGUUGCUGAGGCUGCCAAGCACUGUGACAUUCUUAGGCGAGCUGCUGAAUCUGGAGGCUUGCUUGUUGAUGCAAUGACCAAUACCUAUGACAGUUCUAAAGAAAAUUCAUCUUCGGUUCCUUUGAUGGUUGUUGAGAAUGGGUGUGGUAGUCCAUGUAUAGACUUGAGACAGGUCAGCUCUGAGCUGGCUGCUGCUGCAAAAGAUGCCGAUUUGAUAAUUUUGGAAGGGAUGGGAAGAGCUCUUCAUACCAACCUAAAUGCCAGGUUUCGGUGUGAUGCUUUGAAGCUUGCAAUGGUGAAAAACCAGAGAUUGGCUGAAAAGUUGAUUAAAGGAAACUUAUACGACUGUAUUUGCAAAUACGAGCCUGCUAACUGAAAGCUUCUAUGUACGAGCUCGUAGUCCCGAUGUUAAUAGCUUCCUUAGAGGGGAUCUAGAAUAAACUUCUGGGAGCAGGGUGCUGUGUUCAAAUACGUCAGUAACUUUUUUUUAUAUAAUUUAUUACUAUUAUUAUUAGACUGUUGAAACAUUGCUUAAUAGAUAUAAAGUUAAAAACGGAUUUAUCCAUUUGCUUUUGAAAAUCUUGGAUGACGAGGAUAGUGUAUUCA